AUGGUGAUUGUUACCCUAGAAAAGGCAGCACAGGCUUGCCCUUUCCAUAAGUUGCCGAUAGAGACCCGAAUCGUAAUCCUGAGUUUUGCAGGCACGCACGGGGCAGUUGCUGCAUGCUCAUGUGCCUGUUCAUGCUUGUUGGAGGCAGUCCAAGCCGAUGAGAGUACGAUAACUUACGGCAUCAUCAUUGACACACUGCCAGAUGAUCCAGACAUUGUCAAAGCCGCUUAUACAACUGAGAGCAUAGCGAAGAUCAUCAAGUCAAGUGAUGACUUGAGAGAAUGUAUGGAUAUCUGCAGGCAGUAUAUUGGCAAUAGUGCGGUGGAGGCGGUGGCCAAAAUAGUCGGACGCGAGAUUAUCGAUGAUAUAGAAUAUGGUUAUAUAAACGGACCCUCCGUUUAUAACUACGAUCGAGUUCUCUCAUCCAACGAGACAAGGAGGGUUAAUCUGAUACUCUAUCACCGAGAGUUGUGGAACAUUCUUUUUUCUCGGAACCUAUCUACCACUACCGUUAAGACAGACGAACCUCUGGCAAAACAGUUUUUCAAACUAUACUCGCCAUGGGAUAUCAAGGCGCUACGCUAUUUGAGCUUCUUUCUGAACAGCAUCGUUGUAUUGGGAAUUCGAGACACAAUUGUUGAACUGUAUAGUUGGAACCCAUUUGUUCAGGACUUGACAGAGUGGCAAAACCUUCUGGCCAGGACAGAAGACGCCGAAGAAAAAAACGCUUUGCUUUGUCGUGCCGAGGAGUUCGCCAUCCUCGAGGACUGGUAUAAAUAUUCCAUGCACACUGGCCAGCUGGCUGACUAUGUCCGAACCACCGAGCUCACUCAGAACAUCCUCUCGGCCGCCGCUCGACGCCCCUUGCAAGAAGUCGCUGAGGCGCUAGCCCUAGAAGGUUGGCAACAGAACAAACUUCGGUGCUCCUUCAAAACCGCUUUCUUUGCGCCACCGCGCGUCAGUGUGAAACUUCAUGCUUGGCUCGAAGAAGAAUAUGAUAAUAGCGAGACUUUUAAGGAGGAAGAACCAGUAGACAUGAAUGUUGAAAAGUCGAACAUCACUGUCACCGGAGAUAGUGCACUGGCCCCGAAUUGGCUACUACUACGGGACGAUUCCCAUGAAUCGGACGUUGCACCCAACACGGAACUACCUUUUGAGCGACUCCUGGGAAAUAUUUUACUUGACGGGGAGAGAUGGGUCUCACAGAAAGGUGGCAUUUCGCUUACAGGCUACAUUAGUCCGACCUCACGGCAUGGACGUCGUAUCUAA